AUGGGCGAGGACGGGCAGCCCCGCGGGCCGCGCAGGCAGGGGGGGGCCGCCGCCGCCGCCGCCGCCGCCGCCGCGCCCGACGACCCGGGGCCGAAGACCGGCGCGGGGGCCCCCAAGGAGCGCGGGGAGGAGGCGGCCCGGACGUGCUGCGGCUGCCGCUUCCCGCUGCUGCUCGCGCUGCUGCAGCUGGCGCUGGGCAUCGCCGUGACCGUGGUGGGCUUUCUCAUGGCGAGCGUCAGCCCCUCCCUGCUAGUCAGGGACACUCCAUUUUGGGCUGGGAUCAUCGUCUGCUUAGUGGCCUAUCUUGGUUUGUUUAUGCUUUGUGUCUCAUAUCAAGUUGACGAACGGACGUGUAUCCAGUUUGCUAUGAAACUGUUGUACUUCCUGCUGAGUGCCGUGGGCCUGACGGUCUGUGUGCUGGCUGUGGCCUUUGCUGCCCAUCACUACUCACAGCUCACACAGCUCACCUGCGGAACGGCCCUCGAUGCCUGCCACUGCAAGCUGCCCUCCAUGGAGCCACUCAGCAGGACCUUUGUGUACAGAGAUGUGACUGAUUGUACCAGCAUCACUGGCACUUUCAAACUCUUCUUGCUCAUCCAGAUGAUUCUUAACUUGGUCUGCGGCCUUGUGUGUUUGUUGGCCUGCUUUGUGAUGUGGAAACACAGGUACCAGGUCUUUUACGUGGGUGUCAGAAUGUGCUCCCUAACAGCUUCCGAAGGCCAACAGCAAAAGGUCUAACAUUCUUGCUCAAAGGUGGGAGAGGAAAUAGCACACUGAGUAGCUGAGGUCAAAAAGGAGAAAAGAAAAGAGAAAGAAAGGGAAGGAAGGAAGAAAAAAAACUGACAAUAGCUGAUCAUCCCUGUUCUCAAUGAAUAUUUUUGUAUUUUUUCAGGAAGUAAAAGCAUUUCUUCAGAUUUCUAUAGUAUUUUAAAAAAUUUUUACAGGGAGAAUAUGAUCCAAAUUGACUUUGGUUCAUUAGAAGAGCACAGAACAAGGAAAGGAUGGCAUACGUCUAUCUUUGCAGUCUGGAGUUUAUUCCUAAUACAGAUUUCCCCCAUUUAUCUGAAAGGAGGGCGUUCCCAUGAAAACUUUCGUAAACUGAAAUGCUAUAAAGCAAAAGAGCUGUUUUGUAGAAGCAAAAAAAAAAAAAAAAAAAAAAAAAAACCUCUUCAGAUUUCUUUCGAUUAGUGAAAGCAUGUAUGAAUGUAGAUAUUUUCUAAAGCAAAGUGGCAUAAAGCAAACUUUCAGACAGCAGGGAAAAUGUGUCCUCAUUUUAGUCAUUGUUUGUAUAAUCUUUCCCGUUAGUUGAGUUUAUGCUGUGAAUGGGCAUUUCAGGCCCAUUUGCUAAAUUUCACAGUCUUUUCCAGAACUUUCCACCUCCCCCUAUUAUCUUCACUAAGCCUUGGAGGAAGGGGGGGUGGGGUGGGGAAGAGCUGAACAGCCAGCCAGGUUGACUCUCUCUAUUUUCCCUGGUAGAGGUGUCUUCAAGGCAUGAAACAGCUCAAAAGGAGCAGAGUAGAAAAGGAAGAGGCUUCUCAAAGGCUAAAUAAUUAUAAACACCUGGGCUGGGGUGGAGACAAAUUUCUCUUCAGCUCCCUUAGUUUGGCUCCCUAAGUAGAUCACUUACUAAAUGCUUUGGAUGAUUGUCCGCUUCUCAAUAAUUGAAAGUUGGUGGUAGUUGUAUUCUUAAUGAUGUAGAAGGCUCAAAAAUAAUUACAUUAUGCUUCUAUUCUAUCAUCUAAAACAAAUCAUUAAAACUAAUUUCUACCUAAUUGUUAAUUAUAAUUAUGCUCCGAAGCCUACUUAAUGAGCCCUGGCUGUACUUACGUAGCACCAUCAGAGAAAUUACUCUCACAAGAGAGGAGGCUUAAAGAUUCUUCCUUCGGAAAGCCAAGCUUCACAAGAGAGAAGAGAAAUUUUUUUUUUAUUAAUAGCUCAGGUUAAAAAUACUCGUUUAAACAAAAACAAGAGCAUUUGUAAUGGGCCAUGUUUAUACAAAUAGCACAUUUGUGAUACGUUGUAAAGUAUCUCUCUUGGCAGCUAAGUACUUUUGAGGAAGAUUGGGAAUGCCAAUGUUCCAUUCAUAAAAGUGUAUCUGACUUCUAAUCCUAUUAUUGACUUGCAUGCACAGUCAACCUAGAGACUUCAACUCCUGUUUUGAAGUCCUGAUUUGAGCAUCUGCCCGCUGACUUGGAAGGCAGUUUUUAUUUUGUUUUGUUUUAAGUUACCACGACUUACAAAAAGCACAGGUACCCUGUGGUGGGAGUCUUUUCUGUCUUAUUAUCAAGUUCUGAACAAUAUCCAUGUUUUAAAGAAGGAGCUCAGAAUGCAAAUUCAUGCAGCAUAAAUGUUAUCAAGGUCUUUCUCUAUUAGCAUGCUUUAGUGAAAUCAGAGAUUCAAGAUAAUAAUUGAGAUGAAUUUGCCUCUCCACAUUGCCUAUUGAUAUACUCUGCGAGUCAUGAAAUUCAACCCUGAAAGAAAAGUGUCUUCUUGUCUGCCUUAAAAGACAGUUGAACAAUCCCACUGAUUGCGACAAUAGUGUCAAUCUCUACACCAUAUAAAUAUCCAAGUAAAAAGAAAAACAUUAAGUCAGUUGGAGGACUGUAAAUAGCUUUUGUGUCCUCCAGAUAAAACACCUGAUUAACAGAUGUGAAAACCUUUUUAUGUAUUGACUCGCUUUAAAAGAUGGCCUUCCUACACACGAGCUCAGGCCAAGAUUUCACAUUGGAGGGCUUAUGGGUAAGACUCUGGGGCAGAGGUUUGAUCACACACAAAAACUACAGUGAGAGAACACCAAGCAUUCUGAUGACGACCCGAAAAAUACUGUGUGCUGUUAAAAAACCAAAAAAAACCACCAAUAACUGAAGCCAUUUUGCUUUGGACCGUUUCCUACAUAAAGAAGAAAAUAACUGAGAAUCUGAAAUAUUGUAGCUGUUCUAUAAAGAGUGAGAAACUCAUGAUUUAAUGUUAAUUGCUAUGAAUCAGGCACCCCUGGAAGCACACCCUGCAUUCCUUUGACAACUUUUUAUAGCAAACACUACACUACAGGUUUUAUAUUAGAAAAUUAAAAUUCUACACAUCACCAAGGUGCUUGAUGCUUUACAAACAAUUCACAGGGUAUUUCAAAUGGUAGAGAAACUUUAGCUUAUGUGCUUUCUUUUUCUAAAUGUUGCAGCCAGGCAGGAUUGACCUAAGUUUGAUAAUAAUCAGGCGAUAUAAAUAUAGAUAUAGAUAUAGCAGGGAUUUUGCUUUUGUGUAAUUAAAGCAUUCUUAAAUCCCCAGAGGGGGACAAAUAAUUGUAAGUGAAAGAAGGAACAAAUACAUAAAUAAGGAAAGACACCAAGAAAAGAUUCCCGUGCUGUGAACUCACUGAGUAUUGAUACGUGUAAGAAUUGUGUUGCAUGAAUAACAAACUGCUUUGCGCUGGAUUUAAAGUAUUUUGAGGUUGUGUUUUGCAAAUAUUGAAGUUACAAUAACGGCAACAGAAAAGGAACAGAUACACAGCUUUACACUUAGCAAAAUGUUACAGUUAAAAUCUGACAAGGAGCCAGGAUGGUGACUGUCUCUUCUAAACCAUAAAACAGUAAGAUUUGCGCAAUCCUCCUCCUCUUCCACCUCCUUCAGGAGAAUUAAAUGAAUCAAGACUUUGGAAAGAGGGGAAACUGCCGGGACUUGGCAGUACUUGAAAUAGGAGGAAUACAGCAGCCUGAAUGUACAGACUUUGUAACCGAGCCCACUCGAUCGGUCUGUGCUCUCACGUGACCACCAUCUGUGCCUCCCUCGCUCGGUCCAAAUUUGUGGAGGCAGCUCCUUGGAGCCGGGCCUAAAAAUAUAGCUACACCAGGCCCUAGAGACUGUAGUCAAGUAAGAGGCCCAGCUUUCUCCCCCUCUUCGAAUUGAACGUCUAUCCGAUCUCUUCGGAGGGGCUUCGAGCUGCACUAGCAGUGUGUCCUGACAGCGAGGACCUGUUCUGUGUGUGUUUUCUGUCCACGGCCAGGACAUCAGCGUCUCUAAACACUCUCGUACCCCCCCUCUUGCAUGCACUGUAUCUGAAAUAUGUUUAUAGAUCUUCAGGAAAGGGAAGGGUACAGGGUAUCCAAGGAAGGUUCUGGAGGACAACGAUGGGGCAGUUAUGCCAUCAAGAACAAACUUCGAAGUUGCCCUAAAACACCAGUCCUACCCUGUCACGAAGCCCACCUUCUGGGGCCUAGUGAAUGCCUCUGCACUGUUGCUAGGUGGCCAUUGGUUUCCAUAAGUCACGCUGGCUGUCCGUGUUUACUAUGCUCCAAGAGCUCUGUCAUGCUUCUAGAUGUACACUGAGCAGCCAGGACGGGGCUAAAGAGGGCUGCUGGCCAAAUAUCUUGACUCCCAGUGGGAGGCAUUGGUUCGCAUGAAAUCUCAGUGUGUCAGCCUGUGAAAUGGAUGCCCUGAUUCUUUUCUGCCGAUUUUCUAGUACUUCAUGAUCUCCAGUGAUUAUCCCCCUCAAAAAUAUUGGUCUGCAUUUUGGUUGUUGCGGUUUCAUUUUUCUGGCAUUGAUGAAACAGUGAAUCGAAAACAAAGUGCUCUCUACAUGUUUGAGGUGGUGAUUUUCAAGGGGAUGCACCUAUGCAGAUUUUCUUUGUUAAUAAAAUUUUUCAUAAUCUCUGAAAA